CGGACACGCGCCUUCUGGCACUCACGCACACGCACGGAGACGUCGGACCGUCUCCUGCUGGCGCUCAAGGACUGAAGGACACGGCAAAGCGCAGCCGGUAAGCGGCUUUGUUGGGCUAAUUUGGCCCCGGUGGCCUGUGGGCAGGCGGCGGUAAACCGGAGCCCCGCGGACCGACUCGCUCCGUCGGCUCUCUCGGCCCGGAGCGCUCUGUCUUUUGGACACAUGGACUUCGUCCCCCACUUUGCAAGGAUUCCAGGAUUAUUAGUGCGCUUUUGAUCAAAUCGGUUGUGAAUGUUCUCUCUCCAGAGGACGAAGGGAACUUUGUGAGCACCUGUUUGACAGGAUGAGUUAGAGGCGUCCGUGCGCGUGCAGACACGACCCGAAGCCGUUUUUACGCGCGGCCCGUCUGCGUAAAGAGCGCACCGGGGCGCCUCUGCGCCAACGCGAUGGGACCCCGGCGAGGGGACCGCAGCCCGGUCCGGCAUUCAUGAGAGCCCGCUGGCCGCGCUACAGGGGCUCGGGGCGCGCACGCAGCGCGCACGCAGCGGAGAUGUCGGCCAACCUGAGCGCGCCGGCGGCCGCGGGGGGGGAGCGGCACAACGUGCCGGCGCUGCUGUUCGGCGUGCUGCUCAUCGUGGUGAUCAUCUGCGGGAACCUGCUGGUGUGUCUCAGCGUGUUCACCGAGAAGGCGCUGAAGACCACCACCAACUACUUCAUCGUCAGCCUCGCGGUGGCCGACCUGAUGCUCGCGGUGCUCGUGCUGCCGCUCUUCGUCUACUCCGAGUUCCAGGGCGGCGUGUGGACGCUCAGCACCACCGUGUGUGACGGCCUGAUGACCAUGGACGUGAUGCUGUGCACCGCCUCCAUCUUCAACCUCUGCGCCAUCAGCGUGGACAGGUUCAUCGCCGUCUUGAUCCCGCUCAACUACAACAGGAAGCACGUGGACCUGCGGCAGACGGUGCUGCUGACGGGCACCUGGGUCGUGGCCCUGGCGGUGGCCUCGCCCAUCCUGUUCGGCAUCAACAACGUGCCGGGCCGCGACGCCACCGAGUGCAAGCUGGAGAACGACGACUACGUCCUGUACUCGUCCGUGUGCUCCUUCUUCAUCCCGUGCCCCAUCAUGCUGCUGCUGUACUGCGGCAUGUUCCGCGGCCUGCGGCGCUGGGAGGAGUCGCGCAAGGCCAAGCUGAAGAGCAGCAUCCAGGCCUGCCGCAAGCUGCAGGAGGCCGCCGCCUCGCUGCCGCCGCUGGCCUCGCUGCCGCCGCCGCUGCCGCCUGUCAUAGAGCGGGAACCGACGGACGACCCCGACGGGCCCUCCGCCGACAAGCCCCUCCCCUCGGCGGCGCGCCGGGACGGCCUCGUGCCGACCGUCAGCUUCGCCGAGAUCAAGUUCAACCCGGACCCUCGCAGGAGGAAGACGGCCAAGAUCAACAGUCGGGAGAGGAAGGCCAUGAAGGUGCUUCCCGUCGUCGUGGGAGCCUUCCUGUUCUGCUGGACCCCCUUCUUUGUGCUCCACACCAUGCGAGCUCGCUGCCGGGACUGCCGCGUCCCGCCGGCCCUCAUGAGCGUGACGACGUGGCUCGGCUACGUCAACAGCGCUCUCAACCCCGUCAUCUACACCGUCUUCAACACGGAGUUCCGGAAGUUCUUCAAGAACUUCCUUCAGCGCUGCUGCUCCAGGGCCUGAGGGCCGUCUCCUUCUGUGCCAUCGUCUCCGUCCUCUGUGAGGUGUUGAUUUCUUUUCUACUUGUGA